CCCAACUACGUCAACAAGCUGCUGAGAGACACGACGGAAAUCCCUCACUUCACUUCGAGUAGACAUGGCUGGUGAGCGGAGUUAGAAAUAGGUUACCACAGUCUACAGAGCCAGCUGCCUGGUUUGCAGGGGUGCGUCCAGAGGAAGAGAUACCAUUUAAAAAAUUGGAGUAGCAGGUUCUACUUUCAAGUAGUUUGUGGCAACAAUAAGAAGAGAAAUGGGUAAUCGGGUUGCUCGGGAAGAUUACGAAUGGGUCUAUACUGAUCAGCCCCAUGCCGACCGGAGGAAAGAAAUUUUAGCGAAAUACCCAGAGAUCAAAUCUCUGAUGGGCCCUGACCCCCGUCUAAAGUGGGUUGUCUGUAUGAUGGUGAGCAUCCAGCUGCUGGCCUUCUACCUGGUGAAGGACCUGGAGUGGAAGUGGGUUCUGUUCUGGACGUACAUUUUCGGCAGCUGCAUCAACCACUCCAUGACGCUGGCCAUACACGAGAUCUCCCACAACACGGCCUUCGGCAACAACCGGGCCAAGCUCAACCGCUGGUUUGCCAUGUUCGCCAACCUGCCCAUUGGCCUACCUUACUCGGCCUCCUUCAAGCGCUACCACUUGGACCACCACCGCUACCUCGGGGGCGAUGGCGUCGACGUGGACAUCCCCACCGACUUCGAGGGCUGGUUCUUCUGCACGCGCAUCCGGAAGUUCUUCUGGAUCAUCCUGCAGCCGCUCUUCUACGCUAUCCGCCCGCUCUGCAUCAACCCCAAGCCCAUCACGCACCUGGAGCUGGCCAACGUGGCCAUCCAGCUCACAUUCAACGUGGCUCUCUACUGGCUGUGGGGGGCCAAGUCGGUGGUCUACAUGCUGGCGGGGUCCCUGCUGGGCAUGGGGCUACACCCCAUCUCGGGCCACUUCAUCGCCGAGCACUAUAUGUUCCUAAAGGGCCACGAGACCUACUCCUACUACGGCUCGCUCAAUCUGCUCACCUUCAACGUGGGCUACCACAACGAGCACCACGACUUCCCCAGCGUCCCUGGCCGCAGGCUGCCCAUGGUGAAGAAAAUUGCGUCUGAGUACUAUGACGACCUUCCCCACUACACGUCGUGGGUGAAGGUGUUGUAUGACUUCAUAAUGGACGACCGCCUCAGUCCAUACUCGCGUGUGAAGAGAACUCUUAAGGGAGAGAUUAAACAGGAAUGAAAUCCCCCCCCUCCCCCCAACAUCACUGUUUCUCUCUCUGCUCCCUUCCACAUAUUUACACUCUUCCAGUGAAGCCUUGGAGUUCAAGUCGACACCAGUGCCGAUGCAAUAUUUGCAUUGCUUUUCCCCUUUCCGUAGUCCCCACACACUACUACUGUCAAUCUACUACUGUCCAUACACUGACAAAGAUGUGCAUAUACUAUCCCCCCAAAAAUGUUUAAUGCAGUGCUCACUUUUGUGUUUUUAACUGUCGCCCCUUGGUUUGGAAGACGGAACAUGUCUUAAAACUAUUUAACAAUAAUUGUGGGAAACAGGCCAAAAAUAAGUAACCGAAUAGCCACUGUUUAUAAACCAUGUGUAUGUGUUGUUCAUUUUGUAUUUAUUUUUAAAGCUCCCAUUAGAUUUUGACUAACAGGAGGUAUUGUCAUUUAGUUCAUUUGUUUAAUUGCAGUCUGUUGUACAGUUCUAUAGCUGGCAAAAGCAGUUGCUUGAGGGUUAAACCUCUGACCUCACUGCACAUGCACAAAGAGGGGAAGAAUGACUGGCUCAGUAGUGUCUAUAGUCAGUGGGUGGCCUUGCAAUCUUGCAAACGUAUUGCAUUACAUAUCUCUCCUGUUAUCAGUUGCUCGUUGGUGUCUUUACAGAGAGGGUUUUACGAGGUCACUCUUAUUUUAUGCACCUUGUAACUUACCUAGUGCCUGUAGAAAUGGGUUGCUUCCUCCACCCUCUUAAUGGAUGCUGUGUGCAAAUCAAGUGCAGCCAGACAGAAACUGGCUGACCCUGGGUCAGAUCUGGCCCUGAUCCUUUCCACAGUAAGCUGCUGUCUGGGUAUAUUGGGAUCAGUAGAUAUCAGCCUUUUACCUUUUACCAAAUCACCAAUAGAAUCACCUCAAUGGAAGGUCCAAAGUUACCAAUAUGGUAUGGUAGUUCAGUUGGUAUUCAGUGAUAUACAGUUUGCUGUAUACUACAUGUACUGGAUACUUAAAGAUGGCUUAGAUUUGUAGUAAUCUAUUUGGAGGCUAUUCCCUUGGCUGGUGGUUUGGGAUUGUGUGUCCAAGUCUGUUGGUGAUGAAAGGUUUUAGAGAGGUGACAACAAAUCAUUCAUAUUUUGUAUAAAUGCCUAAAGAUGUGUUUAGGUUAGCACCAUACGUGGCCUUGUGGAAUGUCAUGCAGGCAGUGUUCAAUGAUCACUAAGACAUUUGGAGAUAUCAUACUGUACAGUACCCUCAUCUUGCUACAUGUUCUCAUCAUCUCACUGGGAAUGGAACACACCUUUAAAUAUGCUUGUUCUCUGAUAUAUUUCACUUUCACCUGUCAGGGGUGUGUGUGUGUCCAACCAACCCCUACCACAUCCCCUGCUCAGAGGCAAAGAGAACCAAACAUCUUGUGGUGGAUUUUGUCAUGUAUGGAAUGUUAGUUGUCUGUCACGGCUACUCUUUCCUCUCCCCCUGCAAACCCGUGUAUGCACACUUCCCCCUUGAUCUCAAAGACUGAUUCACUUUUUUUGUGUGUGUGUUAUCUUUCAAACGUGUCCUUAACAUUAGCAAGGCAGCCAGCAGCGCCCCUGGCUCCACUCUCAUUGUCUGUCUCAGCCCUCUCAACAUGUUCUCUCCCAAGACAACUGUCUGCUCUCACUCUCCGCACCACCUCUCACCUGUGCUGUCAUCACUUUCCUCAGAAGCCUAGUUGUUUGAACAUAGGGUCGGGGUCAAGGGUCAUGGUGUGAAUAGUCUGGUGGCUUCUGUUGUCAUACAGAAGAGACAGCCGUAAGUGUUAUCGCUUUGUUCAGAUAACCACACAGACAACCAGAGUCCCUUUCCAGAUACAGAAACUAGCAGACUGUUUUUUUUUUUCUGUCUUUAAGCACAGGGAAUGCUUGGGAACGAGCGUACUAAGGAUCCAGUUCUGUAGGUGUUUCUUGUUUUCAGUUCAAACAAUUCACGCUUGAUGCAGCAUAUGGGCACAGCAGUCACUCUUUCCCUGCUGUUUGAGACGGAGUGGAAUGCAGCCGGAGGAGAGCAGAGGAGCCCUUUGUCAGUAUUAGAACCAACCUGGGAAGGUACCCCCCCCAACCCCCCCGAAUCCCCCUGAAUCCCCCUCCCAAGCUGGAAGCACAUGUAGUGUAGCCCCUCUGACAUCUCAUGUGAUCUGCCCUCAGUCAGUCAAGGUUAAAGGUCAAAACAAGUCAGCUGUUCACAUGACGGCUCAAGGAAGUGCUCACAGAAUCAGGUGAGAGCGCUUGGUGCCAAGUGUUGCCCAGAACACCACUCUGGUUUAAUUGCCUGAGAGCAGCUGUAACAUUCCUGGGAUGUCCUUGAAUCUGUUGCGUGGCGUAAGCUUUCACCUAUAGCUCACCUGUACUUUGGUUUCACUGCCUGGAGUCAUAGUCCAGACGGCCUCACCUGAUCCUGUGAACAGCAGUCAUGCCCCUGUGGUAGCUGCAUGUGUGUGGAGACAGAUUGUUUUGGGGUUCCAUGUUUUAUGUAACAAACGUCUGUUUUGCUUUAUUAUUGCACCCUUGAGAUUUUAUUAAAGAAUUUAAAAAUCA